UCUCCAGCGGAGCGAUGACAGUAGAUCUAUCUGUUUCCUGUCUUUACCAUGAUCUUCAGUCAAAGUCGAGAGGAGGAUUCUGCAGGAUAAUGGACUACAUCCUCCUCCUCUGUUUGAACGCUCUUCUGUUUUGUUCCUGCUCCUCUUCACGGCCAAACUUCGUCCUCCUUUUCGCAGACGACUUGGGUUUCGGGGACUUGGGGUGUUAUGGACAUCCGAGUUCAGUCACUCCGAACCUGGACCGUCUGGCAGCGGGAGGACUCCGGUUUACUGAUUUCUACUGCACCAGCCCGGUCUGCAGCCCGUCCAGGGCAUCAUUGCUGACCGGGCGCUAUCAGACCCGCUCGGGAAUCUACCCAGGAGUGUUGUACCCGGGCUCGAUAGGCGGCCUGCCUCUGAACGAGACCACUAUCGCUGAAGUGUUGAAACCUCAGGGUUAUGCUACUGCUGCCAUCGGGAAGUGGCACUUAGGAGUCGGUGCCGACGGGGAGUUUCUUCCAACCAGGCAGGGUUUUGACCAGUAUCUAGGGAUCCCCUACUCCCAUGACAUGGGACCCUGUUGGAACCUGACCUGUUUUCCUCCUGAUGUAAAGUGUGUUGGACUCUGUGAUAUCGGCACUGUAACUGUCCCACUAAUGCACAAUGAGAUCAUCAAACAGCAACCAGUCAACUUCCUCGAUCUGGAAAGGGCUUACAGUGACUUUGCGACCAAUUUUAUUUCAACAUCAGCCAAGAAGAAACAACCGUUCUUCCUCUACUAUCCUUCCCAUCACACCCACUACCCGCAGUAUGCAGGUCCAGGGGCAGCAGGGAGGACUUCAAGGGGCAAAUUUGGAGAUGCUCUGCUGGAGUUCGACAACACAAUAGGGAACAUACUGACAACGUUGGAGAAGACAGGAGUGCUCAACAACACACUCAUCUUCUUCACUUCAGACAAUGGGCCUGAACUGAUGCGUAUGUCCCGCGGAGGUAACGCCGGUCUUCUGAAAUGUGGAAAAGGUACCACAUAUGAGGGAGGCAUGAGAGAGCCGGCUAUCGCUUUCUGGCCCGGGACCAUCAGGCCAGGUGUUACUCAUGAAAUAGCCAGCACUCUUGAUAUCCUCCCCACAAUCGCACGCUUGGCAGGAGCCUGUCUCCCCCAAGUGGUGCUGGAUGGGGUCGAUAUGACUGAAAUGCUCGUCCACCGAGGGAAGAGUAAGAGGGAGACGAUGAUGUUUUACCCCACAGAUCCGAGUGAGAAGUACGGCAUGUUCGCUCUCAGGUUAGGGAAGUACAAGGCCCACUUCUAUACUCGAGGUGCGACCCACAGCGGCACCACCCCAGACCAAGACUGCCCAGUGUUUGCGCUCCUCAAGGCCCACGACCCCCCUCUGGUUUUUGACCUGGAGGCCGACCCCUCGGAGAACUACCCUCUUUCCCCGGAGGAUAGACCCGACCUCCAAGCUCUGCUGGAGAGAAUCAAAAAGGUGAAGGAGCAGUUUGAGGCCUUCAUGGUGUUCGGAGAGAGCCAGAUAUCGAAAGGAGAAGACCCCAAUCUGGAGCCUUGCUGCAAUCCUCAGUGCAGCCCCAGGCCCAGCUGCUGCCGGUGCUGAUGGGAAAUAUAAAUUCUCUUGUGUGUUAAUAAUGACAAGGUGGGAAAGUGUGGAGGUAUUGCACUAAUUUUUGAGACAGCUAAGCUUUAAUUACUGCUCAUGCUGAGAGGUAAUAAAGCAAUCAAUCUGUUUCCUCAAUGAGGGGACUUUUUUCUUACUGUUGCUACUGAAUACACUUAAAGUUAGUGUGAAACAAUAUACUUAUGUUUGAAUACAUGUUUAAUUUUCAGAUUUUUUAAUGCUUUAUUCAUUCUUUUUAAACACAAAGGGCCAUCUUAAAGGCUUUAUAUGUGAUUUUUUUGAUCCAGCAGAUGUCGCCCUUGAGCACCAGCAUGAAACCAAAACAACUGGCGCUGCAUUGUUGUGUUAGCAUGCUAAUGCUAGCGAUCUUUAUUCUGCUCGUAUCUUCACACUGCAUGUAAAUUUACCUGAAAUGAGCGUGAUCUAGAAACACAGUUAAGCAGUGAGUACAGUAUGUUAUUCUUCUUUUCUCUAGUCCCUCAAUUAAACAACUUUUAUACUCGAGGGGAGGAGUCAGCCGGCCGUCCGGGCGAUGUAAACAAAGUGAAGAUAGGACUCUGAAAACUCUGAAAACAUCACAGACAGUGGGACUCGGGUGUUACACCCAUUGUAGACAGUCAUGACUCACAGAGUUAUUUUCAGAGGAUAGACUUGAUUUCACAUGUAAAGACUUUAAUGUGAAGAUUUUUAAUUCUAAAUGACAUUCUGAUUCAUUCAAUCACACAAACAAUCAACAGUUCAAUAAAUAAAGGACCAUCAAGCUUUUGGA